CGAUUUCAGUCACUCCGGUAAGCAACCUCGAGCCGCAAUGUCCCUCAAGCUGAUCUUCUCCGUCGCUUUGCUGGCCGUCCUGGCCCAAGCUACCUUAGGCCACAAGGCCUACUCCUUCCAGCAUCACCAUGGACCCGUUGUGGGACACCAUCAGCCUGUUCAGUGGGUGGACAAGCACGGCCAUCACCACCAGGACUACGUCGCUCAUCCUAAAUACUCGUUCGCGUACGGAGUCCAGGACCAUCACACGGGCGAUUUUCACGGACAAAAGGAACACCGCGACGGAAAGAAUGUCGCCGGUGAAUAUUCGCUCAAGGAGCCGGGUGGCAAUGUACGCACGGUGAAGUACCACGCCGAUAAGGAUGGCUUCCACGCCGUGGUCCACAACAGCGGAGGAAAUGACCAUUCUGGCGCCUACGCUCACGGUCAUUAGAGUCCGGCGAUGUCGUUAGCCGUUUACGAAGUUGUUCACUAUUGCUGUAAUACACGAUGUUAAUUAAUAAACUAAAUGUUUC